GCGGUCGGUCUAGCGGGCUCCUUGGUUGUGCCUGCCUUCUGUGAAACACUGGGCUUGGACGCAGAGGUGCAGUUUUAGCUGGCCAGAGUGGAGCGGCAGGGGUGCAGCUCCGUUGGGCUACAGUAGUGGGCGGCGAGCUCUGGCGGGUGAGGAAAUCUCGGUCCCCGGCAGCCGCCGCUGCCCCUUUGAUGUUUUGGUACGACGUGCGCAUGCGCUCCACAUUAGAAUUACUGCACUGGGCAGACUAAGUUGGAUCUCCUCUCUUCAGUGAAUCCCUCAAUCCCAUCAAAAACUAAAGGGAUGUGGAGAGUCCGGAAAAGGGGCUACUUCGGGAUUUGGUCGUUCCCCUUAAUAGUCGCCGCUGUCUGUGCUCAGAGUGUCAAUGACCCUAGCAAUAUGUCGCUGGUUAAAGAGACGGUGGACAGACUGUUGAAAGGCUAUGACAUUCGUCUGAGACCCGAUUUUGGAGGUCCCCCUGUGGCUGUAGGAAUGAACAUUGAUAUUGCCAGCAUUGAUAUGGUCUCUGAAGUCAAUAUGGACUAUACCUUGACCAUGUAUUUUCAGCAAGCCUGGAGAGACAAGAGGCUGUCCUACAAUGUAAUACCUUUGAACUUGACUUUGGACAAUCGAGUGGCAGACCAGCUCUGGGUGCCGGACACCUACUUCCUGAAUGAUAAGAAGUCCUUUGUCCAUGGAGUUACUGUCAAAAAUCGUAUGAUACGCUUGCAUCCUGACGGCACGGUCCUGUAUGGCCUCAGAAUCACAACUACGGCUGCCUGCAUGAUGGACCUAAGGCGAUAUCCAUUGGAUGAACAAAACUGCACCUUGGAGAUUGAAAGCUAUGGAUAUACAACUGAUGACAUCGAGUUUUACUGGCGCGGCGAUGAUAAUGCAGUCACCGGGGUGACGAAGAUCGAGCUCCCUCAGUUCUCCAUCGUAGAUUAUAAACUCAUCACCAAGAAGGUGGUCUUCUCUACAGGUUCUUACCCCAGAUUGUCCCUUAGCUUUAAGCUGAAGAGAAACAUUGGCUACUUUAUCCUGCAGACAUACAUGCCGUCCAUUCUGAUUACCAUUCUCUCGUGGGUCUCCUUCUGGAUUAACUAUGAUGCUUCCGCUGCACGCGUUGCAUUAGGUAUUACAACUGUCCUAACAAUGACCACAAUCAACACCCACCUCAGGGAGACCCUCCCCAAAAUCCCCUAUGUAAAAGCCAUUGACAUGUACCUAAUGGGGUGCUUUGUCUUCGUUUUCAUGGCCCUUCUGGAAUAUGCUUUGGUCAACUACAUCUUCUUCGGGAGAGGACCCCAGCGCCAAAAGAAAGCAGCUGAGAAAGCUGCUAACGCCAACAAUGAGAAGAUGCGCCUGGAUGUCAACAAGAUGGACCCACAUGAGAACAUCUUACUUAGCACUCUCGAGAUAAAAAAUGAGAUGGCCACAUCAGAAGCAGUAAUGGGACUUGGAGACCCCAGGAGCACAAUGCUUGCCUAUGAUGCCUCCAGCAUCCAGUAUCGGAAAGCCGGGUUGCCUAGGCAUAGUUUUGGGCGCAAUGCUUUGGAGCGACACGUGGCACAAAAGAAGAGUCGCCUGAGGAGACGUGCCUCUCAACUGAAAAUCACCAUCCCUGACUUGACUGAUGUAAAUGCCAUAGAUCGAUGGUCCCGCAUUUUCUUCCCGGUGGUGUUUUCCUUCUUCAACAUUGUCUAUUGGCUUUAUUACGUGAACUAAACUACAACCUCCGUGGGAAGCAAGGACUAGAUUACUCCUCAAACAGUUGUACAGCCUGAUGUAGGACUUGGAAAACACAUCAAUCCAGGACAAAAGUGAUCUUAAAAUACCUUAGUUGCUGGCCUAUCCCGUGGUCCAUUUCAUACCAUUUGGGUUGCUUCUACUAAGUAAUGAAUACACUAAGGUCCUUGUGGUUUUCCAGUUUCAAUGCAAGUGAUUUUUAUACAUGCUGCAGAGAUCGUGCGUGAAGUAGUCCACUUUAUCAGUUUAGCACACAGCCUACUUAGAAGGUUAUUAUGUAGAUUCUAGAAGAUGUUAGAAAGCUCGUUAGCAUUGGCAGUCAGUUCUCUGAGACAUGGUCAUUUCACUCUCCAUCUUUGUUCCUAAGAUCAGCACGCUGUUGGGAUCACACUGUGCUUAUGAAAUAUUAUCCCGCAAUAAUGGAAGCAUGUUAGUUACUUCAAUAUGGUCAGUGAGGUCUUUGCCAGAUGAUGUGUCAUGGAGAGGUGAUUGUCAAGGGUCUAAUUGACAAACACAUAUUUUGAGCAUAUUCAAAGUAGGGAGGUGUGACAAAGCUUUAAAGAAGAGACUUAGAAAGUCAAUUUGUCUGCUGUUUCAUGGCCUAGAAAGAACCAUCUGAGAUAUCUUUCAAUUUAGCCUGAGACAGAGGAAGACUUCUGAGCAGCCUGUGCACAGGAGCCAAAAUGUACAUUUUGCCAACAAGCUAUUUCCUAGCUGGUUAAAAGAUGAGUUAACAGCGCAAAGCAGGGUUAAAAAUCCAGAAAUGACUGUAGUUCAAGAGAAAGCAAAACAAGUGAGUGCAACCCUUGUCAGGGCCACGUGGCAUCUGGUCUGCGCACAGUGCUGAGCAGCAAAGAGUAGCGUGAGAAGAAUUGGUUUGCCGACCUCAUGAGCAUAAGCUUAGCAUACAUAAGGAAGACAUUUUAAAUCAUUUAUCUCACCAAGAGGUAGCUAUCAAAUAGAAAGGUGAAGAGAAUAAAAGUCAAUCAGAAAAGUGAAGAAAAUUAAAAAUAUCUUGUUGGGCUAAACUGAGAAUUCUUCUAAUAAUCAAACACAGAGCAUAGAUGACCAGAUCAUUUUUCUCAGGGUCAGCUGCCCCUACAUCAUCUCCCUAUCAGUUUAUUUCUGAAUCAAAGACAGUAGUUUAAAAAGAGAAUUUGUUAUUUACUCUAAACUAUUGAUCAGCAUCUUUAGCUUUUCUUGCUUUUCAAAUUCUCUUUUUACACUUAAAAGACAGAGACCACAGGCAUUAUAGAGACUGCACGGUUGGGUUUUCUCAUGGUCCAUGAAGUCCAUCUUUAUGUUUUCCAAGGCAUGUGUAUGCACAGAUGGAAUCUGUGUGUCACUUGGGUUUGAUAAUUUAAAGGGUGCUUACACUGUAUAUAUUACAAUCUACUUAAGCAAGCCAGAACUAGGGGACAACGGGAUUAGAACAAAGCCAUGGUGAGGGUUGAGCUCUCAGUUGUUGCUGCAGAAGUGUAGAUAACUGACAACCAGGAUGGGUAGGAUGGUGUAGUUCUUGUUCUAUCUUUCCAAUUAUGCCAUUUUUCAUCUUUCUAAAUUGGGUAUACCCAUUCAUAUAUCAGACAGAAAAGAGAAUAGGCUAAUAUAUUUAUAUUUUGUCAAUGGAGAGGUUUCAUAUUUGACUUUCACCUACAGAAAAUACUGAAAACUUAGAAUAUUAAGGGUUUUUUUUAUGAGUUUGGCUCUGAUUGACCUUUUCCUCAGAGGAUGACUGCUGCUUCUAUUUUUAAAACAAUCAAAAAAAAUCUGUCUUCAGAAUAAGGUACCCAGUAAGUACAUAGGAGUUAAGUCUAGUAUCACCCUGCAGGAAAAGGAUCCACUUACUUCCUCUUGUGACUCAGAAACUUGGGGUAAUAAGCAUUAUUUUGCACAUUCAUUCCAACAAUUAGAAAGAGAAAUAAAAAGCAAAAAAAAAAAUAGAUUUACAUUCAUUUUCUAAAGUUUCACAAAGUUGGCAUGGUAGAGUAUUUGAUUUGGUUUGGUUUGGUUUGGUUUGAUUUGGUUUGGUUUGGUUUGGGAUGGUUUGGUUUCUAUCAGUGUUGGGAAGUCUGGCGCCUGUAGCUUGAUUAAGUACUUGAACACUUUAGAGUUAUGGGAUCACAGAUCUAAUGGAGGAUCUCUGCACGUUCUCAGAGUGACGAUUCUUCUUCAAGCUUCUACACACUUUCUUCUACGCAAUCAUUUCUGGGGAUCACAGUGAUAAAAGUGCCUAUCCCUUGUCACCAAGGGGUGAUGCUCGAAUACGAAAUAACAUGAAAGAAGCAUAACAAUCAACUCAGGGGCACACCUGUGACACGCCAUUCUGAGGAGAUUUUUCUAGAGACAAUUCAAAGCCUAAGUCUAGGCUCCCAUUUGCGAUUUCCAUAAAAGCCAUAAAAAAUCCUUGAUAUUGUCAUUUGUGGUUAUAACAAAAUCUUAGAUGUCCAGGGAAGUCAGGCAAUCUAUUUAGAUCAAAAUGGGGGGAAGCAGCCUCACAGCAGGGGCCUCACGUGCAUACGACCGGGAAACACAUUUCUGCACUAAUGCGGAAAGAAGAUAAGACCUUGGAACCAAUGUCCUAGAGUGAAGCCAUAUGUUGGCAUUCAAUAACCAUGUAGGAAGAAAGCACUGCCUCAUCCUGUCCAGGAAUAGUGGUCCAUGUAGAACUUGUUUUUUAUGUUUUUAGUUGAAUUAGAAUGCAGGAAAGGGUGCUAGGUCUGAUGAAUCUGGGAAAACCAAUUAGUUUGUUACCCAGUAAUUAAACUAAAGGACCACCAAGGUGUGUUUUGGCAAUCUUAAUAUGGUAUUGCAAUCAGUUUAUACAUAUGUAUAGCUUUUUCUUUUGAUUAUACAGUAACCAGAUAGCCAGCAAUUAAGGUGUUUUUCCAUCUCUGAGAAAUUAAUGGGCAAAUUCUGAUUCUCAACUGCACAGUCUAAACAAAAUCUCUGAUCUCAAUCUGUAUAUAUAUAUAUUUAUUGUACAUGACUGCUUGUAGGUAUGAAAUGCACUUCUGAACUGAAAUCUCAUGCGACAUACCCAUGUGUUUGCAUAGGAAUGUUACAAUUCUUUCUACUGCUGUUUAACAACAGGGGAUAGGACUCAAGCAGAGUCAUCAAGUCCUUCAGUCUCUUCAUUUCCACAAGAGCAGUGCUAAGUAAAAUAAUAAAAACAACGAUAAUAAUAAUGAUUUUUUUAAUACCAAAAGACUCAACAUUCUAGCAUUAGGACCACAUACAGAUAUAAUCUGUAAGCAUACAAAAGCACAACACUUCACGGCCAUGCAGUGGGAUAUCCAAUGAAGAAAUUAACCACAGUGGUUUUUGAAGCAAGACCUGCUUAAAAUUGACAACUAUGACCACUUUCAUUUUCUGUAGGUCGCUGUGUUUCAGUCUUCUGGCUAACUUCAUGUUUAAAAACACAAACUGAAAGCAUUGACAUAGGCGGUCUUAUAGCAUAUCUACAUGUGUAUAUGUGUAUAUAGAGAUUCGUGUAAACACACAUGCAUAUGUAUGCAUUCAUAUGUCAGAAACAAAAGGAAUAAGCUAAUGAGUUGUUCCCUUCAUUGAGCCUGUAUAUGAGUCUUUUUUUUUUUUUUUAUUUGGCAACCAACAGUCACCAUCCUGAAAUAAGUAAUACAGGGUACUGAAUAUCUCUUUCAGCAGAUCAAUGCCUACGUUCCUAAGAACAUUGCACAGUUUGA